AUGGCCUCCCAUUGCGAUUCCUACAUCCCCUUCGACAAAGGCCUAUACAGCAACCCGGCCUUAUUUCCCGAACUAGACCGGUGGGAAAGACACUUCCUCAACCUGAUGAAAGACAUCGUCGCACCAUCCCCACUAGACAAAUUUCUAAUCGGAUCAAGCUUCCACGAAUCGCACCACCGUUGUUUCAUUCAGAACCUUCUCCAACCCGGCCCCACGUCUAUCUUGAAAGACGCCACAGUCGCCUGUGCCGCCGUACUCCUCGGAGACCAGUACACGCAGUACACCAAGACAAGUGUCGAAGUCGGGCACCGGCGAGCUGCACUGGCGGUUUCGGGACUCCGGUCGUUGCAGAUAUCCGAAAAACAGGAUUUGAUUACUGCGCUCGUGCUCGGUGUGGCCAUAGUGACGUUCGCUUUGCAUGUUGUCGAUGGCCAGCCGUUUCUUAUAUCGCAUUGCACGCUGGCGCUUGUCAAGCCGGUUUAUCAGAAUCUCUUGGCGAUGAAUCAUGGCGUUAUGGAUAUGUUGAUGUGCUUGGUUAGUACGGAGACGUUUGAAUGUCUGAUUCGGUCCGAGGUGCCGACUAUCCGCAUCGGUGAACGUGAUCGUUGCGGUGUGGUUGAUCGGUACCUUGGGCUUAGCUCGUCGCUUUUUGCUUAUUUAUAUGAUCUCUGUGAGGCUGGCCAUUUGAUGAAGGUUUCUGGCGGUAGAGUGGAUGCUGAUGUGGUUAAACGGUUGGAGACGGUACGGGGUUCUCUGGGGCAAUGGAAACCCUCGCCACCACCGGACUUGGUUGAACGAUUUACUCGGUCUGAGGUUGUAGGGAUGCUUGCUCAGGCGAAAGUCCUCCGUCUUUCGGCUUUGCUGAUUCUACAUCGGCUGCGCUAUCCCUACGGGCAACACGACAAGGAAGCACUGCAGCUGUCUCGCGCUAUUACCGCGGAGAUCGGUAUAGCCUUGCGCUCGACAGGGCGCUCAAUACCAUGCACAGCACUUCCAUAUACGAUCGCGGGCUUUGAGAUCACCGAGGCUGAAACGCGAGCCGCAGUCGUUGACAAGAUCGAUGAUGUUGUGACUUUUUCCAGGCAAUCGCAGCUUCAAGUUCGACGCUUAUUGUCCUCAGUAUGGGACGCAAGGGAUGGCGGGGACCAGAUCCACUGGUUCGAUAUAGGUGAUUAUGUGCGCCAGACGCCUUCCACGUGGGCAGACGCACAGGGUACAACGUAG